UGCCUUUAUUGGCGAGGCUCCUGCCCCGAGGGUUUUGGUGACUGAACUUAGGGGUUUUUCCUCACACUCCCGCGCUUGCCUGCUCUCCGCUCUCUCCCUCGAAUCAGCAAAAUCCUCCGUGCUUCGUGAGGAAAGCCGAAUUCAUAUUCCAACAUGGACGAAGAAAUGGACGUCUCUCCCACCUACUUUGACCCUGAAGACCUCACGAUUCGAGAGCGAUUUCGUCGGUACAGGAAAAGGCCUUCAAGCAUAUCUCCUCACAAGGAAGUUUCAUUUUCACCAGUCAGUGAGUCUAGGAUUUUGUAUGACGGACAGAGUUUCUAUAGUCCAACAAAUGCCACACCUCUCGAAACUUUUAAAGAAGACGCUGAAAGUCUUGAUGGCGAUAGCCAUGCAGUUUCAGUAGCGUCUCUAGGUCCCGAUUCAGUUCGCUACUCACUGAAGGCUUGCAAGCAUGAGAAUGACCCAUUAUCUAAUAGUGGAGAUACAACUUACCCCUUUUUUGCAUCUCUGAUGGACUCUUCAAUCCAAGGAUUGAUGUCUAUCCCAGACUUGAUACUAAGAUUUGAAAGUUCUUGUCGCAAUGUUUCAGAGUCAAUAAGGUAUGGUUCUGACAUUCAGCACCGCUUUUCUGAAGACAAAUUGGUGAGGCAGAAGGCUCAAUUUCUUGUAGAUGAAGCUGCCUCUUGGUCCCUCUUGUGGUACCUUUAUGGGAAAGCAACGAGAGAGACGCCUAAAGAUCUAAUUGUGUUUCCCCCAACAUCGCACUUGGAGGCCUGCCAGUUUGUCAUUGAAGACCAUACAGCUCAAUUAUGUCUUCGAAUUGUUGAGUGGCUGGAAGGUUUAGCCUCUAAAGCACUUGAUUUGGAAACUAAGAUUCGUGGAUCUCAUGUUGGUACCUAUCUUCCAUCUUCUGGAGUUUGGCAUAAUACUCAGCGUUCUCUCAAGAAAGGGACUUCUAACACAAAUGUUAUUCAUCACUUGGAUUUUGACGCUCCAACACGUGAGCAUGCUCAUCAGCUGGCAGAUGACAAAAAACAAGAUGAAUCUCUUUUAGAAGAUGUCUGGACUCUUCUAAAGGCUGGGAGAAUGAAAGAAGCAUGUGAUCUCUGCCGGUCAGCAGGACAGCCGUGGAGAGCUGCAACUUUGUGUCCUUUUGGUGGAUUUGAACACUUUCCUUCCAUUGAUGCCUUGGUAAGGAAUGGAAAGAACAGAAUUCUACAAGCUAUUGAGCUUGAAAGUGGCAUUGGCCACCAAUGGCGUCUUUGGAAAUGGGCUUCUUAUUGUGCAUCUGAGAAAAUUGCUGAAGUAGAUGGUGGGAAGUAUGAGGCUGCUGUAUAUGCUGCUCAAUGUGGAAACUUGAAGCGUGUACUUCCUAUAUGCACAGAUUGGGAGUCAGCAUGCUGGGCAAUGGCAAAGUCGUGGCUAGAUGUUCAAGUAGAUCUUGAACUCACUCGUUCACAAGGGAAGAUGGAUCUUUUCAAAAGCAUUAUGGACACUGUAGAUGAAAGUCCAGGACAAAGUGGUAGAAACUUUCAGGCUUCUGAUGGACCAGAAAGUUGGCCACUUCCAGUUCUGAGCCAACAACCACGCCAAAUUUCUGCCCUCCUUCAAAAACUCCAUUCAGGCGACAUGGUGCAUGAAAAUGUAAAUCGUGGAUGCAAAGAGCAGCAGCGGCAAAUUCAGAUGAUCUUGAUGCUUGGAGACAUUCCUCGUCUCUUGGACCUAAUCUGGUCAUGGAUAGCACCUUCAGAAGAUGAUCAAGAUGCUUUCAGGCCUCAUGGAGAUCCUCAAAUGAUUCGGUUUGGUGCUCAUUUAGUGCUCGUGCUUCGAUAUUUACUUGCUGAAGAAAUGAAGGAUAUCUUCAGAGAGAAGAUCAUGAAUAUUGGCGAUCUUAUUUUACACAUGUAUGCCAUGUUUCUCUUCUCGGUGCAACAUGAGGAGCUGGUUGGUGUAUAUGCUUCUCAGCUAGCAAGCCAUCGAUGCAUCAACCUCUUUGUGCACAUGAUGGAACUUCGGCUCAACAGCAGCGUGCAAGUCAAGUAUAAAAUCUUUCUCUCUGCUAUAGAAUAUUUACCAUUUUCUCCCGACGGUGAUUCAAGGGGCAGUUUUGAAGAGAUUAUUGAGAGUGUACUAUCAAGAUCUCGGGAGACAAAAAUUGGUAGUUCUGACAAGUUAUCAGAUGCUGUAGAACAACACCGCCUGCAGAGUCUUCAGAAAGCUAUGGUUGUCCAGUGGCUCUGCUUUACCCCUCCUUCCACAAUUGCUAAUGUCAAAGAUGUUAGUACUAAACUUCUUCUCCGAGCAUUGGCACAUAGCAAUAUUCUGUUCAGAGAAUUUGCUCUGAUAUCCAUGUGGAGAAUUCCAUCAAUUCCUAAUGGUGCACACAAGUUACUUAGUCUUCUUGCUGAGCCUUUGAGGCAGAAUUCAGAAACAUUUAGUGCGUUGGAGGAUAAUGGUGUUCUGGAGAACCUAAAAGAGUUCGAGGAUUGGAGUGAAUAUUUUGCCUGUGAUGCAACAUAUCGCAACUGGCUCAAAAUUGAGUUGGAGAAUAAUGAAGCGCCUUCCCUCGAUCUCUCAUUGGAAGAAAAACAAAGAUCCAUUGUAGCUGCUAAUGAGACACUCGAUUCGUCGUUUUCAUUGUUACUUAGGAAAGAAAGUCCGUGGUUGGAUUUCACAGAAGAUUACGUCUAUGAGUCAAUGGAACCUCUUUAUAUUGAAUUGCAUGCCGUUGUCAUGCUCUGUUUACCUUCAGGAGAAUGUUUAUGUCCUGAAGCUGCCACAUGCACAACCUUAACAAGUGCCCUUUACUCCUCUGUAACUGAAGAGAUCAUAUUAAAUCGGAAACUAGUGGUGAAUGUCUCCAUUGCAUCUGGGGAAGGUUUCUGCAUUAAGAUUGUGCUUCGCUGUUUAGCAACACCAGGUGAUGGGCUUGGGCACUGUGAAGGCAAUGAUGGUGGCAUUCUUAGUGGCAUCAUGGCAGCUGGAUUCAAGGGUGAGCUUCGCGGUUUUCAAGCUGGAGUCACUUUGGAGGUUUUGCGUCUAGAUGCAUGGUGUUCAAACGAAGAUGGCUCACUAGAAUGCCCGGCAGCAUACAUCGUGCAAGGCUUAUGUCGUAGGUGCUGCCUUCCAGAAGUUAUUCUUCGAUGCAUGCAGGUUUCUGUGGCUCUGAUGGAGUUGGGUUUGGAACCGAAAUGCCAUGAUCAGUUGAUCGAACUCGUGGCGAGCUCUGAAUCUGGGUUUUCUGAUUUGUUCAGCCAGCAACAAUUCGAGGAAUUUUUGAUACUUGAGAGAGAGUACACAUUACGCAAAAUGGAGCUUGGAGAGCCUUCUUCCUGACUUUGCUAUAUGGAUCCGAUAUUCAAAUCUCCGACCAGCAAUUUGAACACUUGAUAGUUCUUUGAUUUCUAAUGUAUGGAAAUAUCUGUUAGAUAGGAUGCUUUGUAUUGACUUAGAUUAUAUGUUAUCAUCAUCAAUGAAAAAUAUGAUUGAAAGCAAUUCAUAAA